AUGAACAAAAUUCCAUCGCAAAAAAGUAGCCACAAUAACGUAAUGCCCACCCAUCGGAAACAACAAUCCACAACAUCACGAAAAUCUAAACAGAGCACACCUAAAAAGAAUGAUACAUUGGGUUCAUUAAACGAUUUGGACGCUCAGAAAAAAGAUGCUUCCGAUGAUCAUAUCAAUAUGAUGGGAUCAAUCCUUCGAAAAAGUAAACAAAAGCUGAAGAAACACAUUCAAAAGAAGAAUUCAAAACACCAAAAGCCACAUGCCAUAGCUCCAACAAAAUCAAUUGGAAAAUCUCAACAACAAAUGGAUUCAAAACCAAACACAAAAAAGAGAAAAACACAAAACGAUCGAAAUCAAGAAUCCAAAAAGAGGAAAAAUCAGAAAGAGCCAGAAACACAAGAUAUGCUUUAUGAAGAUGACUUGAUGCAAGAAGAUGAGGAUGAUGAAUCACCUUAUCACCCUUUGAUUACAAUUCAGAUGAAUCUGACAUUAUUGACGAUUUAG